AUGCCCGAUUCCACCCCCGCGUCCAAUGAGUUCCGCAGCGACACCUUCACCACGCCCACACCCGCCAUGCUGCACGCUAUGGCGACCGCCACCUUCGGCGACGACGUCUACGGCGAAGACCGCACAACAAACGACUUCCAGGCCGAGAUCGCCCGCCUAACCGGCAUGGAAGACGCCUUGUUCAUGCUGUCCGGCACGAUGGGCAACCAGAUCGGCGUGCGCGUGCACCUCACCCAGCCGCCGCACUCGGUGCUGUGCGACUACCGCGCCCACGUCUACGCCGAGGAGGGCUCCGGGCUGGCCGUGCUGUCGCAGGCGAUGGUCACCCCCGUGCACCCAGCCAACGGCAUCUACCUAACGCUGGACGACGUGCGGAAGUGGGUGGUGCUUGGGGAUGACAUCCACACGGCGCCGACGCGGGUCAUCAGUCUGGAGGUCACGAUUGGCGGGGUGCUGACGCCGCUGGAGGAGAUACGGAAGAUUGCGGAGUUUGCGCGGGCAAACGGUAUCAAGGUGCACUGUGAUGGGGCGCGGUUGUGGAAUGCGUCUGCUGCGUCGGGGCACUCGCUUGCGGAGUAUUGUCAAUAUUUUGAUAGUGUGUCGAUGUGUGUGUCGAAGGGGUUGGGGGCGCCGGUCGGGGGUGUGCUCGCCAGCACAAAGGCGAAUAUCAAGCAGGCGCGCUGGCUGCGGAAACAGCAGGGCGGUGGUAUUCGACAGGCGGGUGUGUUGACGGCGGCGGCCAUGGUGGCGUUGAAGGAGGUGUGGCCGACGAUGAAGACGACGCACGAGCGGACGAAGAAACUGGAGGAGGACUUGCGGGCAAUUGGGGUCGUGCCGCAGAUUCCGGUCGAUACGAAUUUCUUCUUCAUUGAUGCGGAGAGGUCGAAGAUCGAUAUGGGCGUGCUGUUGGAGCAAUGUGAGAAGUUCAAUGUGAAGCUGAUGGACGAACGCAUCGCCAUGCAUCACCAGAUCAGCGACGAGGCUGUCGAGAACCUCAAAACGGCCAUCGCAGAGACUGUCAAGAUUACGAAGACCUUGCCUCCGGGACAUGUUUCGUCGAGACAGCCAGCUGGAUAUGGGAUCGUCGUCCUCCCCGUCGGACAGCUCAACAUCCUGCAGGUUCUCACCCUCAUCCUCCUCCUCAGCCGUGAACCCAUAAUCCUCCUUCUUCAGCUUCUUCCAGGCCGCAAGAGUCUGUCGUCUGGUCAGACAGAAUGGCAGCUUCGACAACGACACACAUCCAUCCUGAGUAACCUCGACAGUCUGACCGAUCGAGCUGGCGGUAUCGGUCGCCUUGUCCAUCAGAAUGAUAUGAAUGAAGAAAACCAUACCCGGCUGCGCAAUCACAUCCUGUCCCCUCACGAACAUGGGAAAGUCCAUCCACGUCGGAGAGAACGUCGCACCCAGACUAUACCCACACGAGUUGAACCGCUGGUCGCGGAACCCGUUCUCGUCGGCCACGCGCGCGUACGCCUCGAAGACAUCGCCGAUCGGCCGCCCAGGUUUGAGUGCCUCCAUGCAGGCCCGCAUCUGCAAGAUGUUGACCUCGUGCAUGCGGCGCGCGAGCUUCGUCACGCCGCCGAUGGGGAUGGUGCGCAUCAGACACGCAUGGUAGUGCUUGUACACGGCCGCGUGCUCCAGCGUCAGCUGGCGCUCGAUCUUGUCCUUGCCGGUCGAGUACCGCGUAAGCACGGCCUUGUUGCCCGAGACCAUGAUGUUCUCGUUGGCCGGGUCGUCGCCGCCGCCCUCGUACACCGUGCCGACCAACUCGCGCCAGAGAUCGCCCUCGUAGGCGCCGGGCUUUGCGAGCUUGAGCGCGCGCACGAGCGAAAAGUCCGCCAGGUACGCCGCCUUGCGCACCUUGCGCAUCUCCGCCUCCGACUUGAUGAUGCGCAGCUCGCGCGUCAGCAGAUCGCUGCAGUCUACUAA